AUGGAUCUUCGUCUCCGCGAAGCAGAAACUCCAGCGAAGGGUUCCGCAACGGGACCAGUUGCGCUCAUCAAAGCCAGGCCCUCUGCAAUCAAGACUGAGGACACAGAAGACGGUGCCGCCCGAUCUUCUAAGAAGAAGAAGAAGAAGAACAAAAAGGCGGAGCACGACGCCAACACACCACUCCAUGAGCACGUCAAGAAGCUCGAGGAGAGAGAGAAGAGACUCCGCUCUGAUAAGAAGCAGCUUGAGAAGACGGAACUCGAACUUGAAGACCGUCUUGAGAAGGCAGAGCAAGAGCUGCAGACGGAGCUUGUGAGGAGCAACCGCAUCCAGAACACGAACAACGCGCUGCAGAAAGCACGCGAUGAGCUCUUCAAAGAAGCUGAAGAUACGAAGGCCAAGCUCGAGGAAGCGAAUGCGCUUGCCGAGAAGCUGAAGGAGGAGCUCGACACCCGCGAGUUCGAAAGCCGCAAAUUCCGUACGGCGCUUGCAGCGGCUUUCAAGCUCCUGACGGAGCUUAAGGACCAGGUCACGCUUAAGAGCCUGCUGCACCGAACGGACCAUUUCCUGCGACUCAAACUUGGCCGGCUUGGCGGCAACGCAGGUGUUGCGCCGGCAUCGACAGCCCCGUCUGAGCAAGACGAAGCGAUCGAUGAUGCGUUCGGAACUGAAGAUUCGGAGGAUGACUGCGAUUUAUACGAGCCUGACGGAGCGGCAGUGGCUGCUGGCAUUCAGGCCGUUAACGAACGACAAGCUCCGUCUGGAAUGGAUCUCAAAUACGAGUCGGACUCCGACGACGACAAGCCGCUCGCGAUGCUGCUCCGCAGCGGCAACAGCCAGGUCGAGGAGUCUGCGGAUGGCCUUUCGGAUUCCGAUUCUGAGGAUAGGGCUAUGAUGAAGCUUCGGGCUCUCGCCGCCGACAAGAACAUGCCGCACUCCUCGUCCUCGGGUACGACUCAGACACCGGACGCGGCACCUACCUCGAAGAAGCAUCUGCUGCUGGAGGAGGAUCUUUGGGACGAGGACGAGGACGAGGCAAUCUUUCUACGACCUGCGAAGCGCGUCAAGUUUGAAUCAGACGUCAAUUGUGAGGCCGACGACUCAGCGGCGAAGAUGGAGAGGGACUCGCGCAAGUGGUUGUAG